AUGGUCAUCAUGCCAGCGCCUUCGUCUCCCCUUACUGACUACAAUUCAUUAGGUCGGAGACUUACUAUGCAGCGAUCCCCCUCUGUGCCGGAUCCGGGCGCAGAGCCACCGGUGGUGAGUGAAGAUGCACUCCGAUCUACGUGCUCCGCGUCCCCUACGCAACGCCGCCGUUCUACCUUGUAUCGCACGAUCCAGCGUCGUGUCAGCCACAAUUCGCUGAAUUCAGAUAACAUUGGUCCGUCUGCUAUGUCGCAUUCGUCGCAGCGAAACAAGUAUCGCAUGUCUUUCCGUGGUGUGAGUAUGGGGGCCACGGAUCCCCCGCGCGAUGGUUCGCAGCGGUCCUCAUCAUCGGGUCGUUUGUGGCCCUUCAGCCGGCCUCGAAUUCCCGAUGAACAGCCAGACGAUGUGUUUCAUGAUGCCAUCAACGAUGAGAUGACUCGCCCGGCCACCUCGUCACCCUAUGUGCGGCCGUCCACGACGCUGAGUUUGCCGCAUUCGACACUCUGGCGCGAUGCCAACAAUUCAUCACCUAUCAUUCCCUUGGGUACCGAUACGCCUCCUAUGCGCUCCACGAGUCCCAUGCCCGCAUUUCCCAGAAAGCCUGUCCACCAGUUGUCGAAUAAUGUGGUGUUGGUGGUCGAGCCGAGGCACCAGGUUCUGCACAUGUUUGGGGCGUUGCAGGUCACGGGUAGCUACUCGCUCUCCGGAACUCUGCGAGUGAGUCUGCCACAUGCUAUGGAUGAGUGUAGAGAUAUCCAAGUGCGCUCAUUGCAAAUGCGCCUGUCCGGUUAUUCGCUCUACAUCGACCAGAUGGGGCGAUACUCGUGUAUGCGGCUGUGUGAUAUCAAGCAAGACGUGAUGGAAGCGACGACACAGCUAGCGCUUCCGCCGCAUGGCGCCUCGAUGUACGAGACGGAAUAUGACAUGUUUGUGCCUGGCUGGCUGCCGGCCUCGAUCAGCACCCGUACAGUGAGCACAUUUUACAAGCUCGAAGCAGUAGCUGAAUUGUGCGACGUGUGCACGAGCUCCUCGCUGACGCGACCUGGUCACCCGGUGUGCGUCCGCAGCUCGCCAGGCCUCGUGGUCAUCCAGCGCAGCCGUGAAAUCGUGCCCAUUCCUGUGGCACAAACAGCGGCCUUUCUGGGGCCUGACGUGCCGCUCACCCGGAACCCAUUCCGCCGCGAAACAAACCCGUUCCGAGCUGCUGAGCCUGAGGCACCGACGCCCUGGAUGCCGCGGCCCAUGCCGCGGCCCACGCCGCCACCCAAACGCUCACGCACGUCGCGUGCCCCGCUUCGUCACUACACACACUUGGCACAUCUCCAUCUGCCUGUGCCAGUCAUGAUGAAUGGCAAAACACACGCGACUCUGCCCGUCAAACUGUGCCUGUCCGUCCCGUCGUAUUCAAGCACACAUGCCAUUUCCCAUGAAGACCAGCCGCCCCUGAUCUUUUGGCUGCAGGUGGAACUGGACCCAGCCUGGCAGGGGGCAACGGUCCGGAGCGAUGUUCGUGUGCGUGAAAUGGAGGCGGUGUGUGUUCAGAUGGAAAAGUACAGCACGACUCUCUCGCGCAGCUACUGCACGGCCUUUGCACUCGGGAACGAUGACAACUCGUUUGUGGCGCCUGAAGAGCUGCCGUUCUUUGACCAUCUCCCACAGGACACCGGUGUAUACACGCCCCAGAGCGCCCUGGCUGCCAGCCACGCUCCUGCGCAGCCGUACUCAGUCCAGUUGGCGGAGAACCGCAAGCACUUGGAACUCAACCGGACGCAGCCGAACGAGCGUCUCAACACCAUUGAGCGCUUCAGGGCGUACACGGUGGGCCCACUCCCUUCUCGUGAGAAGCAGAGUGAAAAAGAACGUGAGUCGCAUGCCCAUGGCAAGUCAGCCACGUUCACAACACCAAAAAGUCGGCGCACCGUAUCGAAUGCACUGUCACGCUUAUCGAUUUUUUCGCCGCACCGCGACGCAGCAUCCACUGCUGACCAUGCGACGGAGCCAGAGCCUGUGUCGACGGCAUAUGAUGCGGGCCCGAAUGCAGGCUCGGUCGAAAAUACCAAGGCGUCCUACGUCCUGGAGGGCGAGGAUGGUGCUGGACUGGCACUGAACCAAAAGCGUGUGCGUUUGUCUUUCAGCCUGCCGCUUGUGCCGAGCUGCGGCUCCAUGGCCGUCAAGUACAACGCACCGCAGUUGCUUCCCGACUAUGAAAGCCCCCACAUGCGCAUCCGACACAAGCUCAAAGUCAAGGUGCGCUUUGCCUUUGAGGGGGCAAAUCUGCCGCCUCAUGCCGGCAUGCAGAGCGUCGUAAUGAGUGUACCCGUACGCUUUAGCGAGGCGCCACCGAUGGAAGCGCUUUCGCAGGCGCCGCCGCUUGUUUUGCCCAAGUCAGCGCAGUCCUACGUGCCGGCAGAGGGCGCGGCCAAUGCUGCGCUUCCACCUGCGUACGUCCGCGCAGCGUACUCGACAAAUGGAUCAGCUCAGACGCGGCAGCACUCAGGCUACUUACCUGCAUAUGCCCAGCUCUUCCGUGAGGAUGGAUCGCGGCUGGAAGACGAUGCGGAAGUGUUGCCGCCGUACCCUGACCAAAAGACUCGUACGACGAGGCCGGCCGAGGAGCACCGCGACCAUGAGCGCUUUUCCGCACACUUGGCGCGCGAGCUGCGCUUGGUGUCAAGUGCAGAGCGUGAGCAAAAGACACCUGCGGCGAUCAGUCUUGUGGACGCGCUCAAUGCGCAUGACGAUGAGCAGCUUAGGGGCAUGGCCGAGGCGAUGGACGAUGAAAUCAUGGAGGAACGUCUCGGCGAAGAGAUGGUGGCGUACGAUGACUAUGAGGAUAUGCCGCGCUCAGAACGCCCCGCCACCAUGUCCCCUGGCCUUGACAUGCCUGCCGCAGCGCUGCCAGCCUCUCCGGCAGAGCCUGCCGCGCCUGUGCUCCCUGUGCCCCAGCCGGCUCUCCCGAUGGCCUCGCUGAUGUACCUCUCGCCGUCCCGGUCUGCUCGCGCGACAUGA